AUGGAGCGCGACGAAUCGGCCAAAGCUGUGCAAGACGACGAAGAGCGCGUUCCCUUCGACGUAGUUCCCAAUCCGGACACGCGAGUCGACCAAGGCGUCGACGAAAAAGCAGUGCGUCAUUCAAGAGACAGCGAUACAGAUGAACAACCAAGACCACGAUCCAAGGAUGAAGAGAGUGGAAUCACAGCCACGGGCGACGACGGCGUUAACGAGAAGGAAUUCGAAGUCACUUGGGACGGCGACGACGACCCCAUGAACCCUAGGAGCAUGCCCUACGUCCGAAAGUGGAUAAUUGUCAUUAUUGUCUCUGCAAGCUCUCUAUGUGUUACCUGCACCUCUGCGCUCUACACAUCAACCUAUGCACAAUUGGAGCCAGAGUUCCACUGCUCGAGGAUAGUCGCUACUCUGGGACUGUCCUUGUUUGUCGUUGGAUUAGGACUGGGACCUAUGGUCAUGUCACCGCUUUCAGAAUUCUACGGAAGAAGACCCAUCUACAUUGCCUCGUACACUUUCUUCUUGAUCUGGUUGAUCCCUUGCGCUGUGGCACAAAACAUCCAAACUAUGUUGGUCGCACGCUUCUUUGACGGACUUGCUGGCAGUGCCUUUCUUAGCGGCACCUUUCGUUGGACGUGGGUCCACUCUAUCUGCAUGGUCAGAGUUUAUGCUUACAGUCGUUUAGCCGAGAUCGGUCCCAUUGUCGGAGGUUUCAUCAACUACUACGCCAAUUGGCGAUGGACCUUCUACGUGCUACUCAUCUGGUCAGGUGGAAUGCUGGCAGCCAUCAUCUUCCUAGUGCCCGAAACAUAUCAUCCAGUCCUUCUGCGCAAAAAGGCCAUCAAGCUCAGGAAAGAUACGGGUAAUCCGGCCUGGCGAGCACCAAUCGAAAACAUGAACAAAUCGGUGUUUCGGACAGUCGCAUGGAGCUGUGUCAGACCAUUCCAACUCCUGUUUCUCGAAGCGAUGUGCCUGAGCCUGUGUGUCCUCUCGGCCAUCCUUCUGGGCAUUCUCUACUUGUUCUUCGGAGCGUUUCCCCUCGUCUUUGAGAAUAAUCACGGUUUUGUAUUGUGGCAGACCGGACUUACAUUUAUAGGUAUCUUUGUCGGUAUGGUCACAGGCGUCAGCUGCGAUCCCAUUUGGAAGAAAAACUAUCGGCGUCUCGUCACCAAGAACGGAGGCGUUUCUGAGCCUGAGUUUCGUCUGCCUCCAACAAUUCUCGGUGCCAUCUUGGUUCCAAUCGGCCUGUUUGGUUUUGGAUGGACGACGUACUCCUCGGUACAUUGGAUCGUCCCCAUCGUCUUCAGUGGCAUCUUUGGACUUGGAAACAUCUUUGUCUUUAGCGGUGUCUUUACUUUCCUCGUAGAAUGUUAUCCUUUGUAUGCCGCGAGCGCGCUGGCGGCCAACAGUUUUGCGCGCUCAAGCUUCGCUGCAGCAUUCCCUCUCUUUGGUGUGCAAAUGUACGACAAGCUGGGAUACCAAUGGGCUUCGUCAUUACUGGCCUUUUUAGCCCUUGCCAUGGCACCGUUUCGAUACGGCAAGCGACUUCGCAAGAACUCCAAGUUUGCACAAUCAUGA